AUGACAAGAUCAUCUCAAAGGCCUAGACAUGUGGUUGAAGGCGCGGUCCAGGCUGAGGUCCGGGCACGCCACUUCGAACUGGACCUCCGAAAGUUGGACGACCAGGAACCGGGCCGCCUGGGACUGGUCCGCCUGGGACUGGUCCGCUGCCUCUCGUGUCGAACGGGGAAGCAGCUGCAGGCCCCGAUGGAUGAACUGGGCCUGGACGCCCUUGAGGAGGAGGGGCAACCGGAGGGCCUCUUGGAGGCAUCGUCGCGGGAUGUAGUGGCCCUGCAGGUGGCCACCUGGUCGGGCCCUCUGGCGGGUGAGGAGGAAGAGGACGAGGAUGAUGACGACGACGAGUAUGAACUAGCGGACGAGCUCGACGAGUGCGAUGACUUGUGA